GUGACUGCUAACUUUGUCCUUUAGCUCUCCUCUAGACUGAGCACCCCCUUAAUUCAUCACAGCUUCUGAAUCUGGAUGACUCGAUUUUAAAAUCAGCUUUCGCUUUGUCAAUUUGAAACAAAAAAUUGUGAUCGAGAUAUGGCAACCAGACUUCUACAUCAUUAUCACAAUAAGCCUGAGCAAUUUAGUCAUUCAUCUCAUCCAAAAAGACAUUCUACUGAGAGGGCAACUUUAAACCCUGUUCUCAGGCCCGAACGAAAGAGCCAGUAUGGAAGAGGAAAAUGGGAAACAGGAAAGCAGGUGUUAUUUGGAAAUGAGAUGAAGAAGGUUGAUGAAAACCACUACACAGCUCAGAAACUCUUGUUAACAAAGGCUGAUCAUAAGGGAAUACAUCAGAAGGUGGAGCGAAGAGCAGAAGAGGAAAGGCGAUUUGCUGCUGAGCUUGAGGCCCAUGCUCCAGAGUUUGUGCUUGAAUUGAGGCCCCAUACAGUUUGGGAGAAGAUGAGUGUUACUCUUUCAUGCAUUGUCCAAGGAGCACCUUCUCCUCAGGUCAAAUGGUAUAAGGAUGGCAUUCUGAUUCAACCAACAGCUUUUCCUGGCAAAUACACGAUUGAGAAUAAAAUUGGUUUACAGACUCUUGCGAUUAGUAGGUGCAGCCCUGAAGACUCAGGCGAAUACUCUGCAGUAGCGACAAAUUCUCACGGAGAAGCAUUAACAUAUGCUACAGUUCUUGUGAAUAAGCAUCAAGGCUUGGAUUCAGGAGGUGACUCUCUCAAGCUGCAAUCUGGUCAACUUGAGCUGGAUGUUGACAUUGUUGAUGGGUUUGAAACUUCUUUCGCUAGAGAAGGUGAUUCUCUGACCUUGACAUGCACCUUUUCAUCACCCUUGACGGACAACCAGGAAGACAUCUGCUGGCUUAGGGAUGGUAUUUUGCUGAAGGAAUCAAAGUGGAUAAAGUUUGAGCACUCUGAUAAAUUCACCAAGCUAACUCUCCCUCACGUCCAUAAGGAAGAUGAGGGCAUCUAUACUAUGUGUCUUCUCACACGGGCUGGAUAUAAAGAGCACAGCAGAUAUGCCUUUGUUAGAGAUGGUCCAGCUGCAGAGGUCGGUGCUCCAGGUUCACCGUUAGAUGUAGAAUGUCACGACAUUAAUAAAGACUGUGUGUUUGUUACCUGGAAACCACCCAGUGCUGAUGGAAAAAGUGCUGUGAUUGGCUAUUUCAUUGACAGAUGUGAAGUAGGAAGUGAUAAGUGGAUUCAGUGCAAUGAAGUUCCUGAGAAAUUAUGCAAGUUUCCUAUUGUGGGCCUAUCGGAAAACCGGACGUAUCAGUUCCGUGUGCGAGCCGUCAAUGCAGCAGGGGUCAGCAGACCCUCCCGGAUCUCAGACCCAGUGACCACAACUGAUCCUACAGCUGGGGACAGAAUAAUGAAUAUCCAGACUGAUAUAGGCAACAUCCUGAUUACUAAAGAUGAGCUUGAAGGAGAUGUCCGUAUCCCACACCCUCCGACUGAUCUUCAGUCAGUCCCUGGAAGCAGCAGUUGGCAGAGAAUAAACUGUGAAAUUCCAGUGAGUUGCCCAAGGUUUGCUGUCACUGACUUGGUCAAAGGCAAGUUGUAUUGUUUCAGAGUCCGAGCUGUCAAUAAGUAUGGGAUCAGUGAGCCAUCGCAGCCUACUGAAGGCAUUUCACUUGGAAAAACCCCAGCUGCCCUUUCUCCACCACAUGAUGUAAUUGCCAUCAGGAACACAAGGACGUCUGUGAUGGUUCAAUGGAAAGGACCUGAAGAUGAAACAGACCUCCAAGGGUUUUAUGUUUAUGCUUGUGAGGUUGGGACAAACAACUGGGAGACCUGCAACAAUAAACCUGUCAAUUCAAAAAGUUUUCCAGUCCAUGGCCUCACUCCUGGAAAGAAAUAUGUAUUUCGAGUGAAAUCUGUCAGUCCAGCAGGGCUCAGUGACUAUUCUGUUGAAUCUACGCCCAUUGCAGUGAACAAUCCCAUCUUUCUCCCAUCAGCUCCUUAUGGCCUGACACAGCUGUCCUCUGGGAAGAAUGAAAUGUUUAUCGGUUGGAAGGAACCGAGAUUUCCUAUUGAAGCAGAGAUUUUGGGCUAUUUCCUGGAUUUCUGUGAUGCAGUAGAUGCUGCAUGGCAUGAAGUUAAUAUUAAACCUAUCAAAACAAAAAUUUACAAGGUCCAAAACUUAACAGAAGGUUCUUUCUACCAAUUCCGUGCCUUUGCAAUGAACUGGGCUGGUGUUGGGCAGCCAUCUGAAGCAAGUGACCAAUUUAAAUGUGAAGAGUGGACAAUGCCAGAGCCUGGGCCACCUUUCGAUGUGAUAUUUGUUGAGGUACGCAGCACCUCUCUUGUGCUUCUGUGGCAGCCUCCACUAUACACAGGGAAAGGUCCCGUUACUGGCUACUUCGUGCAGAUGUGUGAAGCUGAUUCUGAAGAGUGGAAAACUUUAAGUAAAGAGCCAGUGUCUAAAACACACAUGAGGAUUUCUAACUUGGAAGAAGGCAAAACCUACAUCUUCCGUGUGUUGGCAUUAAAUUCAGCUGGAAUUAGUUUACCUUCAUUGCCAUCUGACCCUGUUCUUACAGAAACCAGACCAGGCACCACAGAGAUAGAUGUUGGUGUGGAUGAAGAUGGAAAUAUUUUCCUGGCUUUGCAGAAUCCCGAGGCUAUGGAUGCAUCACAGUUUAUUUGGUCCAAGGAUUACCAAGAAAUAUCAACCCCUGAGAGAGUGCUGAUUGAAACAACCGGAGACACAUCUAAACUGAUCUUGAUUGAUCCUUCGGAAGAGGAUUUGGGUACUUACUCUGUCAUCGUAACUGGAACUGAUGGUGUUUCAUCCAGUCAUACUUUAACAGAUGAAGAGCUGCAGAAUUUAAAGAAACUGAGCCAUCAAAAAAGAAACCCAUUAAUUAAGGUAAAGUCGAAUUGGGCUGUUGAACAUCUGGAGAAGGGUGCUGCUCGUCUCUGGUUGCAGGUCGAGAGCUUAUCGCCAGCUGCACAGUUACGGUUCAUCUUUAAUGAGAAGGAAGUUUCAAGCACACCGACUCACAAGAUCAAUUUUGAUAAAGCCAAUGGGAUUAUAGAAAUGAUCAUUCAGAAGUUUUCUGAUGAAGAUGAAGGCUCCUACACUGCCCAGCUGCAGGAUGGAAAAGCCAAGGGUCAGUUCACAUUGGUGCUGAUUGAUGAAAAGUUCAAAGACAUAUUGUCAUUGUGCGAUUUCCAAAGGAAUGAAUGGGAGAGAAAACAAGGGCCUUAUUUUGAGAAGUACUUGCAUUGGGAAGUGACAGAAGAAUGUAAUCUUCUUCUCACUUGUAAGGUGUCGAACACUCAAACCCAGAGCAGCAUUGAUUGGUGUAAAGAUGGGGAAAAACUUUCAGAUGUGACAUAUGAUCCUCAGACUGGUCUCAGCUCCCUUUCAAUCUCUCAGGUCACUAGGAAGGAUGAAGGAGUUUAUAAGGCAGUGGUGGCAGAUGAAAGGGGACGAGAUUCUAGUGUUCUUGAGUUGCUCAAUCAAGCAUUUGAUGACAUUCUCAAGGCAAUCUGCAGAAUUGGUGGCGCUUCAGCUUCGGAACUGAAAGUGCAGGGCACAGCUGAUGGAAUAAAGCUAUAUUCCUUAACAAAGUGUAACAUGGAAUAUAUGAAAAAGACCUGGUAUUUAAACGACAAAUGCCUGGAGUCUCAUGAAAGAAGGAGAAUGGGAUUUGAUAAUGAACACAUUUGGCUGCAGAUCUUCAAUCCUACUGAUGCAGACAAAGGGAAGUAUACCCUGGAUCUGUUUGAUGGUAAAGAGACACAUAAACGAGUCCUUAAUUUAACAGAACAAGUAUUUAAUGAAGCAAUAACAGAACAUCAACGACUAAAGCAGGCUGCAUUUGCAGAAAAAAAUAGAGCUAAAGUGGUCAAGGGUCCACCUGAUGUUGUUAACAUCAUGGAGAAUAAGGCUCUGUGCUUAUGUUGUUCCAUUUCUGGAGAUCCCAUUCCAGAGGUAUUCUGGAUGAAAAAUGAUCGCACAAUCCCUUCUGGUGAGCACUAUCAGGUCGCUGUUGACAAGAUGACUGUUAACUUCACCAUCCAACAGGUCACUUCUGAAGACUCUGGAAAAUACAGCUUGUUUGUAAAGAACAAAUAUGGUUCUGAAACAGCUACUGUAACAGUGGGUGUCUAUAAACAUGGGGAAGAGUGAAUAAUUUCUCAAAAAAAACCGUUUAGUUCAGGACUUAGAAUAGUCCAGCAUUGAAAAUAAAUGGCUCACUGGCAAAAACCUUUUCUUGUGUGAAAUAUUGAAUACCGGAACGUUAUGUUUGUGGUGAUAUUAGUGCUUUGGUUGUAAAAGUAACAUGGAAAAUUACAGCUAUGUAUUGAAUGAGAUAGGAAUCAUUUUGAUGAAACAACGGAAAUCCGUGUCUCUCUGAAGGCAACAGAAGCAGGCAACGUUUCAGAAAAGCUAGGAAAUUGGAAGUAAAGUCAGAGCCUGGAGAAGAUGAGUUUUGGAGGAAAAGAAAUUCUGCAAAUUCAAUGGAACUAAGUUCAGAUGAAAAUCGGAUGCACAUUGGAAAAGAGAAACAGAGAUUAGAUGCGAAUGCAACAAAUAGGGUUAGAUGGGAGAUGUGUCAAAUAAGGAUUUAUGAAUAUAAAGAUAAUUUCUUGAUGCAAAUAAUUUCUACCUUCUUCUUUUCCAAGCAAUAGGAGUUAGGUUUUCAUUUUAACAAUCUCAGCAUUAAAAAUUACUUGUUCAUGAAACAGAAGAGAAAAUCCGAUGGAAAGGAUCACGUGCUCCUUAAGGACCUGCCCUGAAUGCACCUGCAGCUGUUGCUGUGAAAGUAAUGAUAUUGGAAGGAAAUAGGGUUAUUGUUAGGAUUAAGAUUAGGAUAUAGGUGAGGGUUAAGGGUAAGGUUGGGGUUAGGAACAGCAUAGAGCUAUGUUGUUAAUCUCAAGAACUAAAAUUGGCCUCAAUCCUUGCUGUCAGUUUUAGCUCAGGAAUCCUAAGUGGAAGUGUUAUGAGCAAGGACCUAGUAAGGACAUAAUGACCUUUGCUCAUGUGUGCUAAAUGCUUAUCAAUGCUUACUUUCUGAACUGUGUGAUUAACUGCUUUUAAUAAACCAAUCAUUUCCAUGAUAUAAAUUUAUGACAUUUGCAGAAAAUUUGUCCUAAUCAAAUGUGCUACAUGCAUUCAAAAACUCUCAAAUAAUGGCAUAUCCAAGCGAGAUUAAUAGGAUGAAAAUGCAUUUUGUCUGCUGAAUGUUUGAAUCCUACAACAAAUAUAUUUGAACGCUCUUGAUCCAAUUAAAGUAUAAAAGCAGAGGCUGGAAAUCAAAUUUUUUAAAAAAUAUUGAAGGUGCUGUUUGAAAAAGCUCAGCAGGUCCGGCAGCUUCUAUAGAGAGAGAAACAGAGUAUUCCAAGUGCGGUGAGACUUUUUUCAAAGGAAAGUCCUUUUCUGCUUGAUUCCCCGCAGAUGUUGCUGGAAUUGCUACAGCACUUUCUGUUUUUAUCUGGGUUUCUGGUUUGCUUGGGUAUGGCUCCAUGUUAUCGAUUUCCAGCUAACACUGAUUUAGAGACUGGAACAAGUUUGCGCUAAUGUAAUGUGCUGUGUUCCAUGCAGCUGGGAUUAUGGUAUGCCGUCAAGUUAGAAUGGACGAAAAUGGUCUGCAACAAAGCCUGUGAUAUCCAGUCUCAGAAUGUCAAGUACUGAAGGUGGGUGUCUGAAACAGAAAUUGCUCCAUUCUCCAAGAUUACCAUUUUUUCAUCUUUCUGAGCACAACCCACAUUAAACACAAGGGAAAUAUUAGAACUCCUCAAGAUACAACCCAUCUUACACAUCCAGGAUGUUGUGCAUAAAUGAGUGUUGAAUAAAAUAUAUUUUCCUGCCUCAGAGGUUGAAGGUAGUGAUAGUAUUCCACUAGGAACAGAUUUUAAACUGAAGAGCUUUCCAAUUCUGGACAAGUAUCCAACUAUAUCUCUAGAAACAGCCAAACAUUUGUGGGGAAAGUUAAGAUAUGGAUGUUGUACAGUUAAGGAGAUAAUCGAAUAGUAGUUUUGCGCCAUAAUUACAGCAGUUCAUACUUUUGUCACUGACUUCAGUUUAUGAAUGAGCAUCGUACAGUUAAAU